AUGUUGGCUAUCUAACUUUUCAUUUUAACACUCUCAACCCUCUUUGGAUUGUCAUUUUAAUCCCAACAAUGCCCAAACAUAAUAUAUGAUACCGUGAAAUUGUUUAUUUUUUGCACUUUUUUGAUUGAAAACUAUUGCAUACUAAUAGGUUUAUUUCUAUUUAUUUGGUUAAGAGAAUUAAUAAAAAAGUUUGAUCAUGAAAAAAAAUUAGAACUACCUCAUAUAUAAUAAAAUAACAUUCAAAGUUAAAAAGCAAAGUAAUUAUCUUUUUCAGUGGAAGCAAUAGAAUCUGCAGUAGAGGCAGUCCAAAUAUAUGAUCACGUCACAAAAGAAAGUCAAUAUGCAAUCUUAUAAAGGGCUGAUAAGAGUCAUUUAGCUUAAUUAGGAAUUACUUUAAAGAAUACUGUGUUAUUAGAAAAGGGUAGAGUAGUUGAUUCAAAUUAAAAUUCUAAAUUAAUAUCUCAAUUAGAUAAUCAGAAAAGGGGGAAUGGUGCUCAAUAAAUCUCGAUUAAAUAUGAAGAUAAUAGUGAAUAUUUAAAAAACUAAAACAGAAUUCUAAAAUCUAUUCCAUUUAAAAUUGGUGAUUUUGACAAAUAAAUGGGUGAAAUCAUUCAAGCUGAAAUUAUGUCUAAUGAAUAAUUGGACAAUUAGGUGAGUAGACAUUAAGCUUAAGAAUAACAUCAUGCUCUAUAAUAAACUAUUUAUGAGUCUAUUCUUCUGAUAAUUUUAUAUGCUGGCGGAAUAUCUUAAGUUAAAAAUAUUUAUCUAUAAAUAUUUGAUUCACUGUUGUUUGGAGUUGUAUUGCAUAGUGGAGUUUAGAAGUAGCAACUUUUUACGGUAACUCAUUUGUUGUUAAAUGUGUGUAUCAUAUCUGGGUGCUGCUCUUUAUAUAUAUUGGGAAUAUACUUCAAGUUUCAAAUUUUCAUUAUCGGGGGACUGGUCUUAUCAUUAUAGAAAGUUAAUGCCAAUUUGGUGAUGAUGAUAAUUCCAUUGACUACUUUGCUGAAAAUAUUUAUAAUCUGA